AUGGCGGCACCUGGUGCGAUGAAGAAGUAUGUGAGCGGCAACGAUCCCAAGGCCCAGAUCAACGAGGUCCUCGGGAAAAUCGACGAUACCUACGAUAGGCUCCGACGCCUCAAAAGCGAAGCACGCGAGUUAACACUCCACCUCGACCCGGAACAUACAGGACGCUAUCCAACCUCUCAAGAGGAUGAGGAGAUGGAAAGCGAUCGGGUCAACGCGUCUAAGCUCGUGGCCAAAUCGGUUGAAGUUGAGAAGGAGAUCGAGGCUCUGAAAGCACAAAUGAAGGAUUUCUCGGAGGAAGCCCAGAAGGAAAGAGACGAGUUUCUCGCGUGUAUCAAGGACUCCUCGGAUGAAGAGCUUCGAGAUGCCGCCAUUCCAGCCGAAGUGUUCGGCACUGUGGCUCGGAUCUUUCUUGCCAACGGCGGCGGCCUGGAUUUCUUUAGGAAUCUUGGGGAAGAAGCUGCUUCCAAGUUGACUGACACGGCAACGGCCGGGUCGCAACUGGUGUCGGCCGAGAAACAAGUCGAAACUCAUGGCGCUACUCAGACAAGAGAGAACGACCUUCGUCAGGAGAAGUAUGGUUGGCUUCUACAAAAGACUAUCGAGGAGACGGCCGAAAUGAUCGAAAAUCUCCGGAGAGAGCGGACGUUGGCCAGGUCCUACCAUACCAUAGCCAAGAUGGAGCUCGAGUCUUGUGAGAAGACUAGCAAGGAGCUCGAAGAACAUCACCGAGAAGAGAUGUUUCAGGAGAAGUGUUAUGCACAACUACUUUCCACUGAAAUUCAAAAUCUGAAGGAAGAUCUCGCGGCAAAGCAACAGGGCUACAUGAAGCAGCAACUGCAGCUCAACACUUACCGCGAUGAUAUCUCGCGACUCAACCGCUCUCUAGCGUCAUCAAGCGACAAGAACAAGCAGCUACAGGAACUUGGAGAUGAACUCUCCGGCAAAGAGGGUGAGAUUCGUGCACUACAGCAGCAAGUCACUGCGUUGGAGAAGGACCAGGAUCAGAUUUUGAAGGGAGCCUGGACAACAAGGCCACCGAGCUUUAAGGAAACGAAGGAGGAGUUGGCUGAAAAGGAAGCUGUGCUAAGUGGCAAUGACACUGAGAUUCAGAAUUUGAAUGUCAGGAUUGUCCACAAGGACCAACUGCUUGCCGAACAAUCGAGCAACGUUGACUCCCUGAAUACUUCUGUUCAGAACUUGACUGAGCAACUCCAACGUAACACCGAAAAUGCGGAAGCGAAAGCUGCCGAGUUCAACGUGCAACUGGUUGACAGCAAGAAGAAGUUGGAUGAGCUUCAGUCUAGAUUUGACGCCAAGGCCGAUGAGCUGCGGAAGACAGACGAUGAGCUCAAGGAGCUACGAUCUCAACUCGGUGUCAAGAAUAAUGAGGUUGGGGAGCAAAAGAAGAACAAGGAGCUCAACGAGCUGCGAGUCCAACUUAAUGGCAGGAACGAAAAUAUUGUGAAGCAGAAGCAGAAGCUGGAGGAGCUUGAAUCUGACUUCGUCACCAAGGGUAGCGAGAUUGAGCAGAAAGAUGAAGCGCUUAACGAGCUUCACGACCUUGUCGCCCAGAAGACACGGGUUCUUGAGUCGAGAGAAGCAGAGGUCGCGCAGAUGAAAGUCCGCACUCAGCAGCUGGAAACCCAGUUCAAUGAGAAAAGCCAAGUAGCUGAUGGACUCGAAGGACAAAUCGCGAAGCUCAAGACUGACUCGCAACACACUCAAGCUGACCAUCAGGCAACAGUAAGGAACCUGAACACGGAGAUUCAGAGUUUGCGAGAAGGCAAGAGGGCGACGGAGGCUGAUGUCGUCGCAGGGACGACAGCCAAGAAAGCCGCCGAAACUAGCCUGGUUAUUGAGAAGAAGGCCAAGGAGGCUGCUGAAGCUAGCUCUCAUCACGAGAAGCAGGCCAAGGAAACAGCGCUACAUGAACUGGCCGAUGCUGCCCAGGAUUGA